AUGAGGCUUCAGGUUGGUUGUCCAAACAAUGAUUUUAAAGAGAAAAAAUCACUUGCUGAUUGGAUUCUUAAAAUUGGUGAAUGUACUAUCGGUGGUCCUAAUGAUGGUGUAGUUGAAGUUGAAUUUCCAGAAGAUAACCAUCUUGAUGAUCCAUCGUAUAUUGAAGAUAAAACUAUUUUGGUCCCUACUAAUGAAGAAGUUGAUGCUAUCAACGACUACAUGUUAGAAUUGAUGAAAGAUGAAGGGAAAACAUAUAUGAGUUCAGAUUCCUUAUGUGAGAUCGAGGCAGAAGAUUCUUUUGAGGAAUUAGUAUACUUUCUGGAUGUGUUGAAUGCUUUUAAGGCCUCCGGUAUUCCCAACCAUAAACUUAUACUAAAAAAAUGUGUUCCGAUCAUGUUGCUUCGUAAUAUCGGCCAAACCAGAGGACCAUGCAAUGGUACUAGAUUACAAAUCGUAUGGCUUGGAAGACACGUCAUUGAAGCAAGAAUCAUAUCUGGUAGAUUUUUCUGA